AUGGGCACUGCAGCUUUCAACCAACUCCGCAGCCGCAAGCCGAGAUCUUGGGCGAUCGCUCUCAAGUACUUCGAGGACUACGUCAAGAAGAAUUUCGAUCCCAUGGAUUCUCAAGCGGAGUAUGAUGAUAACAAGUUCAAUGUUCCCCUUCCAGGUGCUGAAGAUGACAUCUCUGCCGGCAUUGAUUGCGGAUUCAUCACGUUGUCGACAGCCGAGGUCGGAGAGUUGUGCAGGCCACUCGUCUCAUCUGUCAUUGAUCUCGUGGAGAGGCAACGCAACGUGCUUGCAGCUUAUGGCAAGACUGCUAAGGGAGUUGUUCCAGUCGGAGGCUUUGGCACGUCGAAUUUUCUCUACAAGUGUCUCAAGUCUCGCUUUGCCGACGAGGAUCCCCACCUCAGUACACGCAGGCAGCUGAUGAGUCCGUGCCAGACCCAGAGACAAGCUUUGUCGUCCUACAGCCCGUCAAUGCCUGGACUGCUGUUGUCCGAGGUGCAGUCUUGUCUAGCCUGCAGCGAAAGCUUGUUCUAA